AGUGGCUGGCGGACUGCACUGCACCGCUCCGCGCCUGGGGACGCCGGCCCGGCCGCCAUCUUGGUGCCCACAAGGCGGUGGUUUUUCCCUCAGAGGCACCGAGAGAGCUGGAAUUGUUAUUCCCAGGACUAUUGAUGGAUGGAUUGUGGGGUCAGAGGGAGGAUUGAGUUACCUCAGUAUCAUUGACUGGAGUUGGGUUGUCCUCAGGACCACUGAUGGGGCAGGGAAUCUUUGGGAGAUAUCUUGACAUGGAUUCGGAGUAGACGGGGGAUUAUUCUGCCCUCACGGGGUUGAGGGAGAUACUUUGGCCUGAGAUUCGUCUACAAGUAGAGUGAACCAGUUUUUGCCUCAUGAUCAUGAAGGAUAGAUUGGGGACUGAAGGACUAUUGAGAUAUUUUGGCCUCGGGACAACUGGGAGGUGGUUGGGAUAGAUCAGUUCUUCACUCUAGACCAUUGAAGGGUAGAUUGGAGGCAGAGUAGAGGUUGCUGUGGUGUCCAGACCAUAGGGAUGGUGGAGGUAUUUUGGCCAUUGGGGGAGAGAUUGGGGAAUAAGGGCUGGGUUGGGUUCAAGACCAUUGUCGGAGGUUGGGGAGGUGCUUUGUUCUCAGGACCAGUCUCUCCUCACAGAGCCGGAGGGAUUAAUCGCAGCAACCACUGUAAGGAUAGACCUGGGGAGGACCUCCACUUAAUGUCUGAAAUCCCUCAGGAGACUCCCUUCCCUCAAUUCAACACCUCCUACAUCGCACCAUCACCCUCAGCCCCUGACCACAGGGGGAGGGGUGGGACCUCUGUGAUGUCAGGGGUCUAUUCUGACAUCAAGGCUUUAAUCUCCCUGGCCCCUACAUCCUCUGGGAUGUUUCCCCAUGGAUCAGGUGGAUAGGUGUUCAGAACGGAGACCAGAUGAAUGUGGUGUAGAGGAGGAAGAACUGGAUGUUCAUGAGAGCUGACGGCACAGCUAAAGAGUGGAGUGGCAACGGGAGGCAGAGCACGGACAUUAACAGCAGACCCCUGUAACCGCUGCUAUCCAACCAGCAUGCUGUUGUAUCUACUCGUCAGCCUGCUGGGGAUCAGUGUGCUCUUGGCCAUCGCCCUCUACCUGAUCAGAGGUCGGUCCCAUUCCCAACAGCUUCCCGAGGUGUCCCGGCUGGAUGCUGAACAGGAUCUCAUGCAGUCAAAUAUUGUGUUUGGCAACGUAUCGGGAAAAGUGGAAACACCAGAUUCUAGUGAGGUGUUUAAUGAGUUGGUCACAUUUCAGUCUUCAUUAGGUGACGAUCACUCUUUGCUGCUGCGAAGAUCGAAACAGCGUUCCCUCCUCUCACGGCUCAAGCUGUCCACAUUCAAAUCAAAGAAAGCCGAGUGGAGCCAAGGGUCCAAGGCUGCCCCCGAGAGGAGCAUGGCUGACCUUUCCUCACUGGGAGAAUCGGUGACCUCGCUGACCCAGGUUCCUGCCCCAGUCGGUCCGGGUGAGAAAGCAGCAGAUAGGAGCAAGAGUCUGAAGCCUCCUCCAGCAACGACCAUUCCCUUGCCGGAGGUGGAGGUGACCCAGAUCCCAGCACCGACUCGCCGCAGUGAUGAGGGGUCCCCCACCCAGCUGGAGAGAAACGUGGUCAAGCCGGAGGAAAUGGUGAUCAAACCAGAGACAACUGUGGUCAAGCCCCCACCACUCCCUGAGGCGGUCCCCCCUGUACAGCCGUUGCCGCCAUUCCGUCAGACCAUCCCUCCGAGGAAGGGCAGGGGCCGCCAGCCUGUCCCUCGGCCCCGAAGGAAUCUGGAGGAAAUUGGCAGGCUGAUGAGCGGCAAAAUGGAAAAGCAACAGAUGGUGAAUGAAUAUCCCAGUGAUCAACAGGGUCGCUCAGAGGAGGACAGGAAAACAACAACGUCAAAGGUGUCAGAACAGAUGGAGAAGAGAAUCCCAAAGGAACGCAAGAAACUGGGGAAAAAGAGCAAAGGUCAUCCAAGGUUACGGACCAAGCCCAGCACGAUGCUCAGUGUCGGUGGAACGGACCUGUGGUCAGACCACACCCAAUCUGGCACAUCGCAGGUUCCUGAGGCUGGAUCCGACGUGGAGUCAGAGACCAAUUUCGAGAUGUGGGUGACGCAGCUCGAGGCCCCGCAGAGUCCAAAGUUCAGUGAGGAGCGGGCUCAGCUAGCCCAGCCGAGCAAGGCCAAGUCCAAAGCUGAGGGCAAACGUAAAGUGAAGACUUCCACCCGCACAGCAAAAGCAGGGCCGAAGGAACGUACAACCCAGCCUUGAAGAGCAGCAGGAACACAAAGGUUGUUGGUGAGAAGCUCACUCGGCCAUCCCCUCGAAUCAACAGGACACUGGUUGUGCAGGGUGUGCACUUGAUCAGAGUCUUCCUCUCUCCCCAGGUGGGGCUGAGUCUGAUCGAUAGAAAAUUACAUUCGGAUUUAGCCUGGAAUUUUAUUGUGGACUGUGGACACUCCAUAUGAGAAUGAAAUGUGAUCAUUACUCAAUGCUUCCAGUUUUCACUGACCCUCGUAAUGACUGAGAGAAGGGGGGUGAGGUGUAGGAGUGGUGACUUUGUCAUCUCUCUUUCUCUUUACCACUCACUCCCCUAUCCCCUCCAUAUGUAACGCUGUUCCCUCCUCCCACCAUAUGUAACACUCCACCGUACAUAACG